GUGAACUUCCCUCCUCACCUGUUCGAGGCCUUCUUCUUCCAGCCGGUCAACGACGAGCGAAGCUCCGCCAAGAUCGGAAACGGAGUCGCCGUCUUCACUUUACCUAAAAGAACCCCGAGGAUCUGGGAGCGUCUGAUGCUGAACACAGAUAAAGAAACCAAGAGGACCAUCAGAGACAGAGCUCUGACCGCACAGCAGCAGAAACUCUCUGCAGAGUCCAAACAGAGAGCAGAGAAACAACAAGCAGACAGGAAAUACACUCUGGAGACCAUGAUGAAGCUGCAGAACCAGGAGAGAGACCGGAUCCAGAGGAUGAAGGAGGCAGAGCGAGACAGAACCACAGCAGAGCUGGCAGCAUGGCAGAACCAUCUGAACCGGGCCAGAGCCAGUGCUACCAGACCAGAACCUGGACCCUCAGAACCAGAACACACAGAACCUGGACCCUCAGAACCAGAACACACAGAACCUGGACCUACAGAACCAGGAAGGAACCAGCUGGUCCGCAGAGACGCAGAGAAGAAGAACUCAGCAGAAGUUCCUCCUCCGAGGCCCGGCAGAACCAUUCGGGUCACCUUCACCCCUCGAGAAUUCCCGACCCCUCUGAGAGAGUCCCAGGUCAAGGAGGAGGAGGAGUGGCUCAGGAAACAAGCCGAAGCCAGUCGAGCACUCGAGUCAGACCUUAACGAGCUGAAGGACCUGAGAGAGGAGGAGAGGAACCCCGAGUGGCUAAAGGACCGAGGCGAUAAGUGUUUUCUGAGUGGAGACCACCUGGGAGCCCUGAACGCCUACAGUCUGGCCCUGAGGAUCAACAGGAAGUCCCCCGCUCUGCUCUCCAACAGAGCCGCCGUCCACCUGAAGCUGAAACACCUGCACAGAGCCAUCGAGGACAGCUCCCAGGCGUUGGACCUGUUGUCUCCAGCUGUCCAUGCUAACGCUGCAGCCAGACUUCGAGCCAGCGUUCGUCGAGGAACUGCUUUCUGUCAGCUGCAGCUCUACGCUGAAGGGCUACAGGACUACGAAGCUGCUCUGAAGAUCAACCCUCAUAACAAGGAGCUGCAGGAGGACGCCCAGAAGAUCAGAGACAUUAUCCAGGGUUCAGCUACUGGACAGAGACAGGAUGCAUGAGACAGGAUGAGACACAAGACAUGAGACAUGAUGAGACAUGAUGAGACACGACAUGAGACAUAAUGUGACACAAUGAGACAUGAUGAGACACAAUGAGACAUGAGACACAAUGAGAUACAAUGAGACACAAGACAUAAGACUUGAUGAGACACAAUGAGACAUGAGACACGAGACAUGAUGGGACACAAGACAUAAUGAGACAUGAGACACAAUGAGACA